AUGGCAGAUAAGGCGAAGUGGACAAGGAGUCUGCACUAUAAUAAUCAAUCUUUCUCUCUCAAUAUCGAGGUGAACGAUAGGCCCUCUCAUUGGAUUAUAAAUUACAUAUUUGAGAUACUCAUUCGAGAGCGUUUUGGGUACAGAAAUAUUAAUUUUAUUUACACUCCGUGGGAUUCUUCCUUGGAUGCCAUCAAUCGUCUCAACUGUGAAAAGUCCAACGACUGUUCUCGUCCCCCACCCAUUCAUGUGAAUCUGGAAUUGUGGCUUCGCACUGGAGAGCAAGUUUCGGAUCAUGCGCCUUCACAUCGCGUAAAUAUGAAUGGACCACUUGGUCCGAUAACCCGAUGGGGCCUCUACACCAAUGAGGAAUUAUUGACUCGUCAGUCCCCGGUAUGCUUCUACUUUCCGAUUCACUAA